AUGCAAACAUCCAUUAUAAAUAGAGGAGCUCAGUUUUCUAUGGCUAUUAUUAUUAUAGUAAUAUCUAUUGUGGUAUUAAAGAGAAAGGGAAGUUUAUCUGAUGAUAUUAAUGAAUUUAAUCAAUUGGUUAAUUCUAAUAAUCUAACUAGUUUAUUAAGUACAGUUGAACAAGGAUUCGGAUUUGAAAAUUUAACCACUCGACUGAUUACUAAUCCUUUACAAGAAAAUAGUAUUUCAGAAUUAAAUUUAUUUGAUAAUCUUACUUUUUCAUCAACUUCCAAACCAAUAAUUAUAUCUCUUUUAUCUGGUAGUAUUACUUGUGGUUCGCAUUCUACAUUAAUUGGAUCAAAUUUAAUUGGCUUGAGGCCAUCUACAACUAUUCUGUCACUGAAUUUUCUUGGAUUAUCUAAGAGUCAAUUAGCUUAUUUAUCGACUAUUACCUCCUCUGAAAUUGGAUCAAUUGGGAUUUGGUUUACUUCAACUAUUUAUCAAGCAUCAAUGUAUGGAAAUUGGAAAUGUGAUGAUAUUACCCUGUUAUUACUUAAUUAUAAUCUAACUGAUUCAUCAUUUCCAAAUUCUAUAUUAUCGAAUUAUUUUGGAUUUAUUCCAACUUAUUCAGGAUUACAAGUAUCUAAUAGUAUGAAUUCUAUUACUACAGAUAAUUUAACUACCAUUAUUGCUCAAACAAAUUUACUUUUAAAAUUAUCUAAUGAUUGUCAAAUGAGAAAAGCGACAUUAUCAAUUAGUACUAUUGGUCUUUUAACAUAUGUAAUAUCAUCAGGAUUUAUGGUUACUGCAGCCUAUACAUUUUAUAUUAAUCUAAAGGAUAAUUUACAGAAUAGUGAUAAUAAAAUGAUUGAGUUAGAAUUCAGAGAUCCUUUAAAUUAUCCAUCUGUUAGUGUGAACUAUUUAGAUGAGAGAUCAAUAUUCUAUGAUAGCCAAUUAGAUAGAAUUACGUAG